GCCGCUGGCGUCGUGUAUAGGCGUAUUGCGCGUUUUCUUCCCGCGCUCGCGUAUUCUCCGACGAACGAAUUAAUUUUGAAAACUCAGUUAGUGUUGAUGUUUUAUAUCCUACAAAGUACAUCGGUUGAGACUUACGGGAUCUCUGUUUUGUUUAUAACGAGUGCAAAAUGUGAUGUGCUCAACGAGCGUGCAAUCCUGUGUAACGUUGCAAAGUGAACUAAUGUGUUUCUGAAUUGGAAACAAUUUUGGUGCUUUCAUCUGGAGUCUUUUAGAGAGAUAGCGCGGGGAUGAAAAUCUUGUUGCUGCACAAAUAUAUACCCUGAUUUUUGUUAAGAAGCUGCAUCAGACAUGUGAGAAAACUGAUGUCUACAUCAAGGACUGCAGCCUCUACAGCCUUCAUAAUUCAAUGGAUACAAUAAGCAACUCACAGAACCUGUGCAACAUCAACUACAGAAUACUAGCGAUGGCGCCACAGAGGUUCGGGAGACGGAUCGCUGGCUGUGUUACUUAUAAUGUUUAUAUGGUCCUGAUGAUAUGCCUCCAGCUGCUAACGUGGGGUAGCGGCGCCUCCGCUCUCGCGAACUGUCCAGGCGGCUGCAUCUGUAACGACGACACACUGGUGGUGGUGUGCGAGGAGAGCAGACUAGACGUCCUUCCCAUUGCCCUUAACCCAUCCAUACAACGGCUUAUCAUCCGCAACAAUAAAAUUAAAACUAUCGACAGCUCCAUGCAGUUUUACACGGAACUUCAACACUUGGACCUGUCUCAGAAUCAUCUCGUCAGCAUACCAAUGAAAAACUUUGCAUAUCAACGAAAGUUACAAGAACUCCAUCUUAACCAUAACAAAAUAUCUUCAGUCACAAACACGACAUUCCAAGGACUCAAUUCAUUGACCGUUCUCAACCUGAAACGUAACUUUUUGGAAGAACUUACAAAUGGUGUAUUUUCUACACUGCCGAGACUAGAAGAAUUGAACUUAGGACAAAAUAGAAUAUCAAAAAUAGAGCCGAGAUCAUUCGCUGGAUUGUCUGCUUUGAGAAUUCUUUAUUUGGAUGACAACGAGUUGAGUUCGGUCCCAACAACAUCAUUUAGUCUUCUAGGAAGUCUCGCCGAGUUACACGUCGGCCUUAACGCUUUUUCUUUUUUACCCGAUGAUGCUUUCGCGGGUCUCAAUAGGCUGGCAGUAUUGGACCUUAAUGGAGCUGGACUCUUUAAUAUAAGCGACUUUGCAUUUAGGGGUCUCCCAGGAUUAAGAAGCCUAAACCUUUUUGGGAACCGAUUGAGUGUGGUUCCUACGCAACAGCUUUCUAGCUUGACGAGACUCGAAGAGUUAUAUAUAGGCCAAAACGACUUUAUCGUUUUAGAAAGUCACUCUUUUAAAGGACUAAAAAAUCUUAAACUUAUAGACAUAACGGGAGCGACUCAACUUAAACGAAUAGAAAAAGGCGCUUUCGAAGAUAAUAUCAACUUGGAAUCUAUUGUAUUAACAAAUAAUAAAGAAUUGUCCACCAUAGAAGAUUGUACUCUUCUAGGUUUGCCUAAAUUACGACAUGUAUCAUUGAGAGAUAAUGCCAUAAAAGUGCUCAGUGAGAGCGUAUUUGUAGGAAAAGAAUUGAAGCAACUCGAUUUAACAGACAAUCCAAUCAUUUGCAACUGCAAAAUUCUAUGGUUACAGCAAUUAUUAAAUGAGAAGAGCAAUUUUUCUCAAGUGCAAUGUGCCAGUCCAGAAAAUUUAAAAGACAAAUAUUUAAAAACAUUGACCGCCGAGGACUUAGAAUGUGUUUUAUACGAUAGUCGACGGCAAACAAUUAUAUGUAUUGUAGGAUUCGCGUGUCUCGCUGUUGUUGCAACACUGUUACUAAUAUUAUACAGAUAUCGGAAGAGCAUGCAGGAGAAACUCAAGGAUUAUAAGUGGAAUAAGGGUCGCAAGAAUUUAGAAUACCACAAACCCAUUUCCACGGAGGAAGACUGCAUCGUUCGGGGCAUCCACCCAUCCCAGUACCCGGCGCCGCCGCACGCACCCGGCCUCAGGCCUAUCCCGGUGACGGAACUGUAG